CCGUUUCUCUUCCGGCCAUCUCGAUCGACCUCCGAGUCUCCGACCCUCCGAUCGCCGCCAUGUCGGGCCGUGGGAAGGGGGGCAAGGGGCUGGGCAAGGGCGGGGCGAAGCGGCACCGGAAGGUCCUCCGCGACAACAUCCAGGGGAUCACCAAGCCGGCCAUCCGCCGCCUCGCCCGCCGCGGCGGCGUCAAGCGCAUCAGCGGCCUCAUCUACGAGGAGACCCGGGGGGUCCUCAAGAUCUUCCUCGAGAACGUCAUCCGCGACGCCGUCACCUACACCGAGCACGCCCGCCGCAAGACCGUCACCGCCAUGGACGUCGUCUACGCCCUCAAGAGGCAGGGCAGGACCCUCUACGGCUUCGGCGGCUGAUUCCGGUCCGGUGGGGGGCCCCGCGGGCUGUUUCCCCCGCUCCGGUUGCGCGCCUGUUUGUGUCGAAUUGGGUUGUCGCCGUGGAUGGUGGCGGCGCUCUAGGGUUGGGGGGGCUUUUUGGGUUUGGUUUGGAAUCGAAGUCGCGUGUGAUGUGAAUACUUGGGUCGAUUUAAUGGGAAGUUAGUGUUCGCAUUGAUCAAUUUCUGCGUCGAAUCUGUUUGGCAAUGUUCCUCUUUGCUUCGAUUCGUUCCUACUCUGCUGUUCAUCAUUCAUGAUUGUGAAUUUUUUCCCACUGCAAUCUUUUCCAUUUGAACCGAAUUGAUGAUCAUCUAGAUUCGCUAGCAAGCAAACACUUAAA